AUGUCUGUUGAAACUGCUUUGUCCUACGCUGCUUUGAUCUUGGCUGACGCUGAGGUGGAAAUCUCUUCUGAGAAAUUGUUGACUUUGGCUAAAGCGGCCAAUGUUGAAAUUGAAGGUAUCUGGGCGGAUAUUUACGCCAGGGCUUUGGAUUCCCAGAACUUGAAAGAUUUGUUGGUCAAGUUUGAAGGUGGUGCUGCUGCUGCUCCAGUUGUUGGUGCUGCUGCUGGAGGUGCUGCUGCUGAAGAGGAGGCUGAAGAAAAGGAAGAGGAAGCUAAAGAAGAGUCUGACGAUGAUAUGGGUUUCGGUUUGUUCGACUAA